AUGAUGAAGUUGUUAAUUUGUCUCUCUCUCAUCGUGCUCCCUCUCAUUGCCGGUGCGGAAGUUCGUGAGCCCCCGGGAUGCUGGAAGCGGAUCAGAACUGUAUCAAUAUACGACGAGUAUGCGCAGUAUGCGGUUCGUAAGCAUAACGAGAUGACAAAGGAGAAUAUAGUGUUUGUACGAAUCCUCUCGGGGAAGCUGCAAUUGGACUACGGCACAAGGUACUAUUUUAUAAUGGAGGGGAAGAAUGGAGAUGACAUAAUAUUCGCCGUCAACACCAAUCGGAACCUACCGGAGAUAUCAACGGUUUUGGAGACCAUGAACACUGAGAAUAAUCAGAAUCAGAAUCAGACUUUUCAGUCGAAAGUGAUCUCACAUGCAUUUUCAUCUGGUACUAUCAAGCAAAGCCUUGUGUUCUCUUCCCUGGGUCUUCUCGAUAUUGGUGCGAGCGAAAACGCCUACAUCUUCAGAGUCCAACUCCCUGGCACUGGCAAAAAUCAAAAUAAGAUCAAAUGUGAGAUUCAGAGGGACGGAAGAGUCAUCAUCCAAGGAGUGGUUCCUGAGACAAGGAUCGCAAGUGAAUCAGGAUGCUUAUACAGAAUGCAAGUGCAUCAGAGCUGCCCUCCAGGUCCAUUCUCAAUCGGGUUCAAUCUUCCGGGACCAGUGGAUCCUCGCUUGUUUUCUCCAACGUUUAAACCUUUUGGGGUCCUUGAAGUCGUUGUCGUCAAGCUCGGUGUACGCAUCCCUCCUCCAUAG